AUGAGUUGCGAUUAUCAAGCUCAAAUAUUUCUCAACAGAAGUAAUGUCAAAAAAAUAUUUGAAGCCAUCCUUUUCUUAGGGCGUCAAGGCCUUCCAUUGAGAGGUCAUGAUGAAACAGAUCAGUCACUAAACAGAAGAAAUUUCCUGGAGCUACUUGAGCUAAUGUCCAGAAGUAGCCCAGAUCUGAAGCGUCACUUACAGGGAAGAACUCACUACAUCAGUCCGUCAAGUCAGAAUGCGAUGAUAAGUCUAAUUGGAGACAAUAUCCAACGUACGAUAGUGAAGGAAGCCAAGGAAAGGGGGAUGUUUGCAGUCAUAUGCGAUGAAACCGUGGACUUGUCAAAAGUUGAGCAGAUAUCUGUUUGCAUUUGCUAUGUAACUAACAGUCUUCAAGUGAGAGAGCGUUUUCUUGGCUUUUGGCCUAAGGCAAGGACAAAUGGUGAGUUUUUGUUUCAGCUGUUGACGGAUGUUAUGUCACGCCUUGAUCUACCAAUGGCUCUACUUAGAGCGCAGUGCUAUGAUGGGGCUGCUAACAUGAGGGGUAGGUAUUCAGGCUUAGCAAGCAGAGUUAGGGAAGUUGCGAAGAAAGCCGUUUACGUGCAUUGCUACGCCCAUCAACUAAAUCUCACCUUACAAGAUGCUUGCAAAGGGGUAAUAGCAGUUCGUAACCAGCUUGGCAUCGUUUCUACUCUUUAUGAACUACUGGAGAGGUCGGCAAAACGACACUCGAUUUUUCAGGAAGUGCAAAGACGACGAUUGGAAGUUGACGGCCAACUGGGCAAUUGCCCAAAAACGUUGAAGCGUCACUGUGAAAGUAGGUGGUCAUCGAGAUACUCGUCCAUUCAUACCGUAAAAGAGCAGUUCGAAGCAAUGUUAGAAACUCUAGAAGAACUGGAGAAUGAUGCAAUAAUUGGAGCUGAUGCUGCCGCUCUUCUCAAGUCCAUCUCUACUUUUGGCUUUUUCUUUUAG